GAAGCGAGCGCGCCAUCGCCAUCGGAUCGGAUUCCUGCGCAAGACGCGGGAGUAUACGUAGUGCAGAAGCUAUCGUGUCAGCCACCUGCCAGAGGCCAUAUUAAGGCCGCGAUAAUCAACCUGGCGUCCCUCACUGCUUUCCCUCUGGCUAUACCCAGAAUAAUUACUACGCGACCCUCCCUUAGACUUCAGCAGAUUACACGCGCGUUUGGUAGCUCUAGUGUUGCAAGGAUGCCCCCUGUAACGAAACCUGGUCAGGAGAGAUACGACUACAUCUGUAUCGGUGGAGGGAGUGGUGGGAUUGCCUCGUCUCGCCGAGCCGCACAAUAUGGCAAGAAGGUCGCGCUGAUAGAGGAGACAGAGCGCUUGGGUGGUACUUGUGUUAACGUCGGAUGUGUGCCAAAAAAGAUUAUGUGGCAUGCAGCCGACAUCGCUGAGAAAAUCAGACACGCAAAGAACUACCAGUUUCAAGGCCCGGGUAUCGGCUCCCCCCAGUUCGACUGGGCCUCCUUCAAACCGCAGCGUGACGCAUACAUCCGCAGAUUAAACGGCAUCUACGACAAGAACCUAGGCAACGACGGCGUUGAGCACCACCACGGGCGCGCGCGCCUGCUCGCGGCGGACAAGGUCGAGGUUACCCGGCCAGACGGGAGCAAGUACACGCUGGAGGCUGACAACAUAACCAUCGCCGUCGGCGGGCGGCCGACGAUCCCCUCGGACGACAAAAUCCCCGGUGCGUCGCUCGGUACGGACUCAGAUGGGUUCUUCGACCUGCCCGAGCAGCCGAAGCGCGUCGCGGUCGUCGGUGCGGGUUACAUUGCUGUCGAGCUUGCGGGCGUUUUCCACACCCUCGGCAGCGAGACGCACGUGUUUAUCCGACACGACCACGUCCUCCGCACGUUCGACCCGAUGAUCCAGGAGACCCUCACGAACUGGAUGGAGCACACCGGCGUGAAUAUCCACAAGAACAGCAAUAUCACGCGCGUGGACGGGCAGAAGGGCUCCCCGCUGACGCUGCACACGGACAAGGGCGAGAAGGUCGAGGUCGACUACCUCCUGUGGGCUAUCGGACGGCACGCGAACACGGAGAACCUCGGCCUGGAGGAGCUGGGCAUCGAGAUGGACAAGCAGGGCAAUGUUAUUGUGGACAAGUACCAGAAUACGAAGGUGAAGGGUGUCUAUGCUAUCGGCGAUGUUGCUGGCAAGGCGCUCUUGACCCCCGUGGCUAUUGCGGCUGGUCGUCGGUUGUCGAACCGACUCUUUGGGCCUCCAGAGUACAAGGAUCAGUUCUUGGACUACUCGAAUAUCCCCACCGUCGUCUUCUCUCAUCCGCCAAUUGGUACUGUUGGUCUGACGGAGCCUGAAGCUCGAGAGAAAUACGGCGACGCGGUCAAAAUCUACAAGUCCUCCUUCCGAGCGCUCUACUUUUCAAUGGUCGACGAGGACCACAAGGAGCCCACAGUCUACAAGCUGAUCGUCCAAGGCCCCGAGGAGCGCGUUGUCGGGAUUCACAUCAUUGGCAUGGGCAGCGACGAGGUGAUGCAGGGCUUCGGCGUUGCUGUCAAGAUGGGAGCGCGCAAAAAGGACUUGGAUGAUACUGUUGCGAUUCAUCCCACUUCUGCCGAAGAACUGGUUACUCUUCGCUGAUGGAGGGAUGGUGGGUUUGUCUGCUGGCUAGAGAAUGGAACGAAGGUUCUACUUUGUAGUUUUGUAUCGAUACUUUUACUGUAUGUCGGAAUGGUAGACUUUCGUCUAUGAGUAUUUUUGUCAAUGGA